AGGUUCUGGGCUCCAAAAUCCGGGGUUAUCACGCGUCUUAUCCUGGUUGCCACAUUUGAGAGAUGGCAGCCCUACCUCUAGGGAUCUCUCAACCGCAACGAUCCUGUGCUCUCCCCAUCCAGUGGGCCCCCCUAACUCGCUUGAUGUCGUCAGUCCACCUCGAGAGGGAUCUACCGACACUGCACUUCCCAGUGCGAGGUCGUCAUUAAAGCACCUUGGUUCGCCGAACUAUGUGCUCCACCCAUUACCACUUCAGCUUGGCGAUCCGUUGAGCUAUGUCGGUUGUUCUAGUUCUUCUACGGUUUUCCUCAUUCCUGACUCGAUCACGACAGAGCACGGACGUGUAGGGAGACACUAAUUAUAGCUCUCUCCAUCACUCGCUGAGCGACUCGGAGCCUUCUAAUGAGGUCUAUAGUCAACGACCACGUCUCAGCUCGUCAUCACUGGCAACACGCACUGUUCCAAGACCUUGGUCUUCGACACUGAGGUGGGGCCGGCGGCAAGGGCGUCUGGGGCGCCCCAGGGUCGGAGCUGCUGGAGGAGUUCGUCGAGGACGCCAACGACCCCAACUACGACUCCGAGGCCGUCACCAACGGGGAUGUGGAGUUCAAGCAGGUCAUCGUGGAAGCGGAGCCCGAGGAGAUUGUGCGCAAGUCGGAGCCCGUCAUCUUGGAGUACUUCGAGCACGGUGACACCAAUGCGGCCGCGGAAGAUCUCCUCGAGUUUGUCACAGCUAAACGCAGCCAUCUGGUGUGCGAGACUAUUGUAGAGAUCGCUUUGGACCAUAAGCCGUCGCACUGUGAAAUGGCGUCCGUGCUAAUAUCGGACCUCUACGGGAGGGUGUUCUCUGCCAAAGACAUCGGUUAUGCGUUCGAGAGGCUACUAGAAAAGUUGCCCGACCUAGUCCUGGACACGCCUGAAGCCGCAGUGCUUCUAUCCAACUUCAUCGCUCGCUGCGUGGCCGACGACUGCCUGCCGCCGAGAUUCGUGCAGGCGCAGGCGCGGCAACCGGACCUCAACUCGGCGGCCAAGCAAGCAAUCCACAGGGCAGAGACUUUGUUGUCAAUGAAACAGGGUCUGGUCAGGUUGGACAACAUAUGGGGAGUCGGAGGAGGCAUCAGGCCAGUCAAGUCGCUCAUCCGUCAGAUACAGCUACUCCUGAAGGAGUACUUAACCUCGGGGGAUUUAGCUGAAGCGAUGAGAUGCGUGAGGGAACUGGAAGUGCCUCAUUUCCACCACGAGCUAGUCUAUGAGACGGUGUUAUUGGCGUUGGAGUCCAUAAACUCUAGCGCGGAGGAGAGCCUGGCAACUUUCCUGGCAGAAUUGAGGCGCAGUGUGGUCGUCAGUCCCGACCAGAUGGACCGGGGUUUCCUCCGCGUAUUGGAAGAUAUGAACGACAUAGUAUUGGACGUGCCAUUGGCCUACAUAGUAUUGGACAGAUUCAUGGAGCUCUGCCAACACAAGUUCAGGCUGGGAGACGCUGUGUUGAAAAGGAUGCCUACCAGAGGCCGUAAGCGGUACGUUUCUGAAGGUGACGGUGGCGCCAUCAAGGAUCACGCGCUCAAACUGCGCGAGUGAAGGAACCAACUGUUAGUGCCAUCAACACCCAGCCGCGUCACGAAUGUUUAUUACUGCCGAUAGCUACUGAGGAUACAGCUGAAUAGCAGUAUCCUCGUGGGUAACCCAAAGUCGCCGCCAUCGAGGUUCCAGGUUCAGUUCCUGUCACUUUAACUGCCGUGAGAAAGUUCUCGUUAUAAUUUUCUUCUUAAACUUAAUUUUAUAAAAUUGUAUGAACACCUGUAAAAGUGCUGUGCAAAUUAAAAAUAAAUUACGGCAAUUAUUACUACAAGAGGC